CGGGUUCUGGGCAGCAUGAGUGACAUUAUUGGCCCGCUGGGAGGAUCUGAGGACUGGCACUGGUCGAGUUGGAGACCCCUGGUCUAACAGGUCCAGUGGCAGGAAGUUGAAGUGAGACAGUUUCUGACUGGAGAUAAGGCGCAAAUCUGUCGGGACGAGGGUCACUAACCACUGGGCCGUAGUGGAUUCUCCAUCACUGGCCAUUUUUAAACCGAGGUUGGACGUUUUUCUCCAAGCUCUGCUCUAGCUCGGCUGGGAGGUUCCGGGCCUGCGUGAUGCGGGCCAGGCCAGGUGAUCUCAAUGGCCCUAUGGAGCCUGUGAUUCACAAGGCCCCCUUUGGUCUGAAUGGGCUGUGGAAAGUGUUCCCAGCCCCUGGUCGCUCCUGCGGUCUGCCUGUGCUGGGCAGGUGGGUGCUAUUCGGCGGCAAUUCGGCGGACGGUCCCUCACUCCCGCUCAGAGUGAAGGACCUCCCGCCGCAGAUCGCGAUCACGGCUUUUUUUUUUUUCUGGCUGCUUGGGGCGGCCAAAACCCUGGAGCCAGCCCUGCCGGGAGGGGAUGCAGCAGUGCGCAGGGCACUGAAUAGCCCUGGACCCCUGGUUCCGACCCAGAGAGCUGGUCCAGGCCUGUGGGGUCGAUGCGUUCAAGGGCCCCGUCAGCUCUGCCCAGAUGUGAAGAAUCCCUAGGGCGGGCAGGAGUUUUGUCCCUGUGUCCUAAGCUGCCCCUCUCCUCGCUGUUGCUUCCACCCCAGAGGUGGCUGCAUUUCCAUGGGGUUGCAUCCGUGUAAAGGGUUUUUGGCUUAUUGGUGCUGCACUAGGCUGGGGCCUGUGUGUGCUGGACUGGCGUUCUUAGGCCGCCUGGCGUAUGUGCUUUGGUGUCACGGAUGUCACUCAAGUGGGGCUGGAGUUGAUUGGAGCCCCAGACCUUCUGCGUGUCUCCAGGCUCCCCAUGGCUUCCCUCCCCCCGCAGAGAGACGGAGGGCGUCCCCAGCACGGCCAUCCGGGAGAUCUCCCUGCUCAAGGAGCUGAAUCACUCCAACAUCGUCAAGGCCUCUCCAGGGCGGGAGCCGUGACGUCUCCUCAUUCCUCUCCCUGCGCCCGCAGGCUGCUGGACGUGAUCCACACGGAGAACAAGCUCUACCUGGUCUUCGAGUUCCUGCACCAGGACCUGAAGAAGUUCAUGGACUCCUCCUCCAUCAGCGGCAUCCCUCUGCCCCUCAUCAAGAGUUACCUGUUCCAGCUGCUGCAGGGCCUGGCUUUCUGCCACUCCCACCGGGUGCUGCACCGCGACCUCAAGCCCCAGAACCUGCUCAUCAAUGCUGAGGGAGCCAUCAAGCUGGCGGACUUCGGGCUGGCGCGGGCGUUCGGCGUGCCGGUGCGAACCUACACCCAUGAGGUGGUGACUCUCUGGUACCGCGCCCCUGAAAUCCUGCUCGGCUGCAAGUACUACUCGACGGCCGUGGAUAUCUGGAGCCUGGGCUGCAUCUUUGCCGAGAUGAUCACCAGGCGAGCCCUGUUUCCCGGAGACUCAGAAAUUGACCAGCUCUUCCGCAUCUUCCGGACGCUGGGCACCCCGGAUGAGGCCGUGUGGCCGGGGGUCACUUCCAUGCCUGAUUACAAGCCCAGCUUCCCCAAAUGGGCCAGACAGGACUUCAGCAAGGUGGUGCCCCCCCUGGACGAGGAAGGGAGGAAGCUCUUGGCUCAAAUGCUGCACUACGACCCCAACAAGCGGAUUUCGGCCAAGUCAGCGCUGAACCAUCCCUUCUUCCGGGACGUCACCAAGGCCGUCCCUCACCUGCGCUUGUGAAGUGGCUUCGGGGCAGG